UAAUUUUAACGGUUCGGAUUGUUCCCAACCGUUGUUUAACAGUUUCUGUUACCAAGCAACUCAACUGAAAAUCAUUAAAUUAGGCUGCUGUCGUUUCUCUAAACGGCGUGGAGCCAAUAACAUGCUUUUCAUUUUGAUUUCGUCUCACUUACUUUGUUAUUCUUUUCUCGGUUACACAGUUAACUAAGGUCGUAAUGGCAGACAGCGCCGAGGUUACAACCGUCGUGAGCAGGAGCCAGGAUCCUGUAAAAGAGGAGCAGGGAGGAGGUGAAGGUGGAGGUGGAGGAGGCUCAGAGGGGGAUGCAGGAGGAGGCUUGACUGAUGCCCAGAGAGAGGUGUUGGAGAGGUGUCUCCAUGCUCUCAGACAGGCUCAAAAUGACAGCCACACACUGGCUGCUCUUUUGCUGAUAACUCGCUUGUGCCCAGCAAGCCAGCUUGACAAACCCACCUUGAGGCGCAUCUUCGAGGCCGUGGGCUUAAACCUUCCAGCUCGGCUUUUGGUAACAGCUGUCAGAGGGAGUGAGAACUCCGGCUUACCCCCACAGGAACUCCUCUCACUGGGUACGGCUCUGUUGGCUGCCCUGAGCACAGACCCCGACAUGGCCUCUCAUCCCCAGCUCCUCACCACCAUCCCGCUCCUGCUGGGCAUUUUAUCAAACGGCCCUGUGAACCAGCAGAAGCAGGAAGCCAAGGAACAGAACCAAGGUGAAGAGAUGGGGCAGAAACCAGACUGUAAAGCCAAGACAGCAGAGAGUUCAAACACAGAAAGUGAAUCUGACAGUGUGGCACAAUCAGCAGGAGAGGGCAAGACAUGCAAGCAAAAGGGUGAUGAUGGCAGUGACGCAAACGGAGUCCCAACAUCUCACACCUCCCCCUCCUCCAAGCUGGAUGAGGCCAUGGCUGCAGACUGCUACCAGGUUCUCACAGCUGUGUGUGCUUUACCCAGAGGUCCCGACCAGCUACUGAGCAGGGGCGCCAUUCCCGCUCUGUGUCAGGCAGUGGAACAAAACCAGACUCUCAGCCACGAGAGGGGGCUUUCCUUGCUUGGUUGCCUCCUCUCAGGUAAAACCAAGGACAAAGUGUGGAGUAAACACAGCACAGAACUCCUCACUCUGCUCGUCAGGCUCUCUAAAGACUUCUGUCAAGCCACAGACCAGAAAAAGCUGGACAUGUGUGCCCAGUUGGGGCAGUUUCUCCCGCCAGUAGGAGUGACAGUAGAGAGUGGGGAGCUGAAGGGAGUCGUGACCCGUGUGUGGGGGGAUUUAAGACCCAUGUUACAGGCUAAGUUGACGCCGAGACAGAUCGGGCCGAUCCUGGUCCUCAGUGCUUGUCUGCUGGAUUUGGAUGGGUGGGAGCUGGUGGGGCCGCCAAAGUUCUGCUGCUUACUGGUGAACCGGGCCUGCGUGGAGGUCAGGAUGGGGUUGGAGGAGCCGCCUGGUAACGAACUGAGUCCAGAGCUGCAGCACACACUCACAGGCUGCUACCGGAUCAUGGAGGCAGCCAUAGAGCAGGCCUGCUGUGUGGGAGUGCCUCAGCCCACUGCACCUCCUCAGAGCUCCAUCCCUUCUCUCAGUCUGCAGCAGAGCAGGCAGGUCCUCGGUGUGCUGGAGGAAGCCUUCUCUGCUGUAAUGUACCACCUGCAGCAGGUGGAUCCAAGUCGCUACAGUGAGCCGUUUAUUUUCGCCACAUUCCGUUCUCUGUGCUCAUGGCUGGCUGAAGAGACUUCCUGUCUGAAGGAGGAAGUGACUAGACUGCUGCCAUUCCUGAUCGGCUACUCCCGGAGCCACCUGCAGGGCGAGAGCCCAGAGCAGGGUCUCUCUGACUGGAUGUCCGAGAUGUCCGUCAGAGAGGAGAGCGGGGCGUGGACGGGCAAGGAACCUCUGAGGUAUCUCCUUCCAGCUCUGUGCCACCUGUCUGCAGAGGAAGGACCCAGGAAGGUGCUGCUCACCCUCGACACCCCGGCCCUGCUGGUGGACUUCUUGUCGCAGUGUUGGACCGCCCUCAAGGGGAAAAGUGGGGUAGCAUCAGCCAGAGAUCCCAGCAUGGAGACGGCCUGCUCAGCCCUCCUCAACUUCACCGUCACAGAGCCAGAGAGAGUCAGGAAGGAUCCAUGUUUCAGAACGCUGGAAGCCCUUCUGAGUGAAGCGCUUCCUGUGUUGGUGCAUAAACCCCGCCUGCUGGUCUUAGCAGCAAAUUACUGCACGUUGGGACUGAUGAUUGGAAGACUCAAAUCAGCUCCUUCAGGCUCUAUUGAAGCCAGCCAGAGGCGGUUCUUCUCCACAGCUCUCCGGUUCCUCCGCAGCGCCCUGGACUCUGGCUCCAGCCCCGGCCCGGUGAAGGUGAGCCCCAGCUGGGAGGAGAGCUGGGACGAGGCCGCGGAGCUCUGGAGGUUGUGUCUGCAGGCUCUGGGAGGCUGCGUGCGCGCUCAGCCCUGGAUCACCGGCCUGGUCAAAGAGGAAGGUUGGCUCAAACACACACUCAGCAUGCUGAGUCAGUGUAGCGCACUACCUGAGCAGCACACACAGGAGGCGCUAGAGGAGGCUCUGUGCGCCGUGGCCGACCAGUGCCCGGUCUGUAAAGUGGAGAUCGGAGACGUGAUGAGAAAUGGUAAAGGAGCUUUGAUGUGUAUGAGAAACCUGAAGAAGUCUGUGGAAGUGAAGUGAAAACAAACUGCUGCUGACAGAGAAAGUGCUCUUUUAACAGGGUAUUUUAAAAAAUGAGGUAAUAAAGAAGGGCCGUUACUGAAGCCAAAUGUGUGUUUAUUACUUAUACGGACAUGAAUCAUGUAUUACCUGUUGCUCCGAACUUUAUUGUAAGGAAAAGAUGGUGCUGCUGAUCUUUAAAAAAUAAGGUUACAUUGACUAAAAGGAGGGCACUCAAAAUGAUGAAUAUACUUUAGUGUAAUGUGAAUAUGUACUCUGAAAAGAUACAUUUUCUUACAUGUCAAUUGUGAAAUGUUAAAGUCUUUAAUAAAGAGCUAUUUUGUUAGAAAACCAA